AUGUCUGCUUUAUCAUCCAAUCAGGACUGCACUCAGGCAGUCUGUGAGAAGGAGUCUGUUGUGGAGGAGGUCCUUUCUGGCUCUACUUCGAGUAGUGGUAUAGAUGUGCAGCAUCAGACAGGAACAGUUGGUUCACCGACAUAUCCUCCACUUGCUAAAACCAUCCUCGUCGCUCUCGCUUUAUAUAUUGCCGUUUUUCUCGUCUCUUUGGACCGCUUGAUUGUGGCUACGGCAACUCCGAAAAUCACUGAUAACUUUCAGAGUAUUGGCGAUAUUGGCUGGUAUGGAAGCUCCUAUAUGUUAGCGGCGUCUGCGUCUCAGCUUACAUACGGUCGCAUCUACACUUUCUAUCCGAUCAAAUGGGUUUUCCUUCUCUCCAUCUUUAUUUUCGAGGUCGGUUCCGCUAUUUGCGGUGCUGCGCCCUCCUCCUUCAUGCUCAUCCUGGGCCGCGCGAUCGCGGGCCUCGGAACAGCAGGCAUAUACUCCGGGGCUGUCGUCAUUAUCGCCCUUACUGUGCCCCUCCGCUUGAGGCCUGUGUUUCAAGGAGCCGUUGGUGCAAUAAUCGGCAUAUCAUCUGUUUUGGGCCCAAUUCUUGGUGGAGUUUUUACAACAGAGGUCAGCUGGAGGUGGUGCUUCUACAUUAACUUGCCCCUAGGAGGACUUGCGGUCGUCGCCAUAUUCUUUCUGCUAGACGUUCCUCCACCUGAGAAAGGGGACUGGAGUCUCAGAGAGAAGUUUAAUCAGCUCGACCCCGUUGGAAAUCUUCUUAUGGCCCCUGCUGUGACCUGUCUCCUUCUUGCACUCCAAUGGGGUGGGACCACGUACAGCUGGGGAAAUUGGCGCAUUAUCUUUCUCUUUAUUAUGUUCGGGACUCUGUUCUCUAUCUUUGCAUUUGCAGAGUACCGCCUCCAGGAGAAAGCAAUGGUUCCCCCUCGCAUCUUUAAACAGCGCUCAGUCCUUGCAGGAAUUGUGUUCACUAUGUGCACUAGUGCAAGCACUAUGGUCAUGCUUUACUACCUUCCCAUCUGGUUCCAAGCCAUCAAGAAUGUCGAUGCCGAAAAAUCGGGUAUUAUGAAUCUCCCUCUUGUGCUCGCGAUGGUGGUAGGAUCCAUCGGUUCUGGCUCCCUCGUCAGCCUUCUGGGAUACUACAACCCUUUCAUGUUUGCAGGCGUUGUUUUCAUGUCUGUUGGAGCCGGUUUAUUAAGUACAUUUCAACCGGACACCGACCAUCCGCAAUGGAUUGGGUAUCAGAUUAUCUUCGGCUUUGGUCUGGGCCUUGGUGUCCAACAAGCGAAUGUCGCUGUGCAGACGUGCCUAGAUCCUGUCGACAUUCCGGUCGGUGCAUCGCUUCUAAUGUUUUCGCAACAAUUGAAUGGCGCUGUCUUUCUAGCGGUCGCGCAGAAUCUUUUCACGAAUUUUCUUACCUCAAACCUAGACGACAUUGAAGGCAUCUAUGCAACAUGGGUGAUUGCAAGUGGCGCGACUACCAUACGAAAGUUGGUGCCUCCUGCAAAGCCGGCAGUGGUUCUGAAAGCGUACAGCGACGCCAUUAUGAAGACUUUCAUUCUAGCGUUAGCUAUGUCUUGUCUGGCCCUGUUCCCGACACUUGCUAUGGAGUGGAAGAAUGUGAAGAGGGUAGCUAAAGGUAUUGAGAACGGUGAUGACGCAUCAGGGAGUAUUGAAAGCAAGAGAGAGCCAUUGAAGGCGUGCUGA